AUGUUCUCUCCCAGAACACUUUUAAACACUUCUGUCAUUAUCCAUCCUCCAGGUUUCUAUAUCAUUGGAUUUGAGACGUUUCCUUACAUCAGCAUCUAUUUAAUCUUUCUUGCCUUUGUCUAUGCGGUUACAGUACUGUUUAAUAUUUUUCUCAUCUGUAUAAUUAUCUAUGAUCACUCAUUACACACUCCAAAGUUUUUGGCUGUGAUCAACCUGGCAGUAGUUGAUUUACUCCUCAACACAUGCACUAUUCCCAGCAUGAUAAAGGUAUUCCUCAUUAAGGACAACUUUGUUCCAUUUAACCUUUGUUUGGUACAAAUGUAUUUCUAUUAUGCUAUUUUAGCAAUGGAGUCAUAUUCACUUGCUAUUCUUGCCUAUGACAGGUUUGUUGCGAUAUGUUUUCCUCUGCAUCAGCACUCGAUCAACACACUGUGGAGCAUGUCUUGUAUUGUUGGUUUUACUUGGAUUUUUAAUUUAGGAAGAUUAGGCUAUAGUGUAUCAAUAAUGACUCGACUGUCUUUUUGUAAUUCCCUCAGAGUGAUGAGUUAUUUCUGUGACUAUGCACCAGUGUUUAGACUUGCCUGUAAUGAUUACUCACUGCAGUGGUCUGUAGCCUCAGUUUCCAGUAUGGUGAACCUUAUAGCCCCCUUUAGUUUUAUUUUUCUAUCCUAUGUUUGCAUCCUGGUGACGGUGCUCAGGAUGAAAUCAGUCAGCAAUAGGAUUAAAGUUUUUACCACUUGCAUUGAGCACCUCAUCGUUGUCGCUAUAUUCUACCUUCCUAUAUUUAGUAUUUUUUUCAUUGGAUUGUAUCUGCGUGUCAUUGACCCAGAUCAGCGGGUGCUGAGUCUAUCUCUGGCUUCUUGCAUCACACCCUGCAUCAACCCCAUCGUAUACUCACUGAAAACCAAAGAGAUAAAAGCCAGAGCCGUGACACUGGUGCAUAGAAUGAAAACAAGCCUGCUGUGA